UCAUGCGCGAGUCCUCUCCGGUGGCGCAUCGACCGACGACAGGCGAGAGCCAGUAAACGCGCGAGUGCCGCGGCCGCGCUCGGCAGGCUCGCGAUCCGCUCGUCUGUGACGCGUCGCCCGGACUCGCUCGCACCCCAUGUGUGUGUCACCCGCUGGCCCACUGACCCCGACAGCCCGGCUGGAGAUGCUCUGCAGCUAAUCGCGCCGCUGCUGCCCGCGUACUCCGCCACCGACACCCUGCAUACAGCCCACGACCAGACACAAUGUCGCCGGUUAGACUGACAGCAGUCGUAGUCAAAUGACAAUAACUAGAAUAAAGUGUCGGGAGCGCUCAUGAGACAGUCGUGUCACCGUCUACUGGAACACCAACACCCAGGAGGGGAGGAGCCCCCUCUGUACUCACCCAUAGACCAAAUUUCAGUGGUACCAGACCAUGUGGGCCGGGAGGCCGGAGGCAAGCUGACACGAUAUGCGACGACGGAGGAAGACGAGACCACACUCAGGGAGCUACUACUUAGCCUACAGAGACAGGUGAGCAUAAUGAGCAUGAAUCUAACCGCCAAACUGGAUGAUCUGCAACGAGGCGACCGCCAGCUCGAGACGACCGUGGCGCUCUGCGAGAUCCGCACCCAGCUUCAGGAGUUGACCAAGAGCGUCGAAUCAUGCCAGAGUGAGGUCUCCGAGGUGAAACGUGACAUGGUCGCCAUCAAGCAAGAGUUGGAUACCGUGCAGCAAGUCAAAGAGGAGAUCGAGGAGCUGCGCGAGUACGUCGACCGACUCGAGGAGCACUCGCAGAGGCGGAAGCUCAGGCUGCUGGAACAGGGGCUUACCUUCUUCCUGUCGUACGCAAUAUUGGCAGCCGUCCUGGGCAUGUUGCAGUUCGGGUACAAUACUGGCGUCAUCAACGCUCCUGGCAAGAACAUCGCUAACUUCAUGAAGGAUGUAUACAAGAACCGGUACGGCAUGGACCUGCAAGAUGACACCGUCAACAGGCUCUACUCCAUCGCUGUCAGCAUCUUCGCAAUAGGUGGCAUGCUCGGUGGCUUCUCUGGUGGCAUGAUCGCUAACAGAUUUGGGAGGAAAGGCGGGUUACUGCUCAACAACAUCCUAGGCAUCAGCGGCGCCAGUCUCAUGGGGUUCACGAAGAUAUCACACUGCUACGAGCUCCUCAUAUUCGGCAGGUUCAUCAUAGGAGUUAAUUGUGGGUUAAACACAUCAUUAGUGCCAAUGUACAUAUCGGAGAUCGCGCCACUAAAUCUACGUGGGGGGUUGGGUACCGUCAACCAGCUAGCCGUGACCGUAGGCCUGCUCCUCUCUCAAGUCCUCGGCAUCGAGCAAAUUCUCGGUACCGACGAGGGAUGGCCUAUCUUACUUGGUCUAGCAAUUUGUCCGGCGAUCCUGCAACUAUUGUUGCUGCCCGCCUGUCCGGAAUCACCCCGGUACCUGCUCAUCACGCGCCAAUGGGAGGAGGAGGCGAGGAGAGCCCUCAGACGACUACGAGCUAGCAAUCAGGUGGAAGAAGAUAUAGAGGAAAUGCGUGCAGAGGAACGAGCUCAGCAAGCAGAGGCGUCCAUUUCAAUGAGGGAACUGCUUUGUUCUCCCACGCUCCGUGCUCCUUUGCUCAUCGGUGUUGUCAUGCAACUGUCUCAACAGCUCAGUGGCAUCAACGCAGUGUUCUACUACUCCACUUCGCUGUUCACAUCUUCGGGUCUGACGGAUGAAUCAGCCAAGUUCGCCACGAUGGGUAUCGGAGCCAUCAUGGUUGGCAUGACCCUGGUUUCCUUGCCUCUCAUGGACCGCACGGGGAGACGGACUCUUCAUCUCUAUGGCCUCGGCGGAAUGUUCAUCUUCUCAAUUUUCAUCACCAUUUCAUUUCUAAUAAAGGAGUUCUUCGGCUAUGUGCAGGAAAUGAUCGAUUGGAUGAGCUACUUGUCUGUGGUGUCGACGCUGAGUUUCGUGGUGUUCUUCGCGGUGGGCCCCGGCUCCAUCCCCUGGCUCAUCACUGCCGAGCUGUUCUCGCAGGGGCCCCGCCCCAGCGCGAUGGCUAUCGCCGUAUUAGUUAAUUGGAUGGCCAAUUUCGUUGUCGGAAUUGGCUUUCCUAGCAUGAAGGCACUACUGGAAAACUAUACAUUCCUGCCUUUUAGUGUAUUUCUUGCAAUUUUUUGGAUAUUUACGUAUAAAAAAGUUCCUGAAACAAAAAAUAAGACCUUCGAAGAGAUUUUGGCGCUGUUCCGGAAUUCCAACGGGAGGGACAGUUUUCGCGACAGCCGCCUCUACGGGAGUAUGAUGAACUGCGUGAACGCGUUGGAGCAGCAGCUGCCCCCGCCGCCACCCCCCGCUCCCGUUGACGAGAAACACGAUUCCCGCUGUUCACAAUGCGCUGAGGACAAUCAAUCUUCAAUUUGGAGCGCCAAUGUACACGGAGACUUCAAAAUAACGUUGAAAAAAGACAGCCGCUGACAAGAUAAGGAAUAGUAUCGGAGCAGUCUUCGGGUGGGGGCGAGGCGGGCCGGCCGCCGCCGCCGCUGCCGCCGCCGAGGUUCCCGGCCACCGGCAAUGUCUGACAAUGGGAGCCCGCUGCGAGGGCGCCACUAGUCGGCCCCAUCAAGGCCGCCGCCAACUUCUUGUUUCAUGGGCUCAGACGUCCGGCCGGCGGCCGUGCCACCAUUACUACCACACAACAAAUGUUCUAAAUCGAUGUGAUUAGGUAUAAAUCGAAAACUAGGAAUAAGUCACGGCGUAAAUUAAACAUACAUAGUUCUUUAGUCGUCAUUUUAUGACAUAAUUUAUGAAAAAAAAAUGCAUAGGUACCCUGUAAAGUGCCAUUGUUUCUUGUACCCAUUUUAAUUAGAUCUUCUCAUAAUGAAUUUUAUUGCGUAACUUCGGCCGGGUCUGGGGUUCGGUAAUUACGGUCUACAGAUUAUAUAUAGCUUCUGAUACUUAUUUAUAAAUUUACUGAUAAGUAUGUUUCGAAGGCGUGGGAGAUUCAUUAUAAAAUAGUAGGUUUUUAUCCAGUACUUAGGAGCAAGCCGGUAGGUGGGGAGAGGAACUCGCGUCUGGCUGUCUUACGCACUGCUCUGAGCCAACUAAUCCUAUGUAGAACUAAUACACUUAAAAUGGGUACGAUGACUGUAAGUGUGUCGACGUAACACGGCGCGUCACCAACAUGUGUACAAACAUGUACAUACAUGCUGUGACUUUAUUGUAUUGUUGAUUUUUAUUAUAUUUAUCUAAAUAUAUAUUAUUAUUAAAUUAUUUUAACGUAAACGUUUUGAUUAUGUAUAUUUUUACUCAUAAUUAUUGUUAAAUACGUGAUGAUAAAUAAAGUCAUAUCCAGAUGACCGAUAUUAUUAAUGAUUAUGGCAGAUGUAAUAAAUAAAUAAAUAUAAUGAACAGUAACAGUGGACAGAUUGCAAUAGUUUGCAUUCGGGAAUUGAUUACGAUUAUGCGAGAAGUUUAUCUGUACGUUACAUAGCAACAUAUAACCUGAUCUACAAGAUAUUAAGUUAAUUUAUAAUUAUGUUAAAAUAAUUUUGUAGCAUAAGAGAUAAUAAGAGGAAAUUAUUAUCUUUUUAAUUGAUGAAUAAAAAUGAAUAGCGUUAUAGUAAGUUAUACAAUUUUGUGGAGACUUUAAUAAUGUAAUGCUUUUAACUUAUACGCCCCUAGAAAGAGAAAAAAUUAAUUACUUAUUAGUUAGGUUUCAGUAGUUACUACAGGGUUAUAGUCAAUUUGUGCGUCCGUGCGUCCGUAUACUGCUCAAUUCAAUAUAUUAAGACUAAGAUGAUCCGUAGCGUGUCGUGAUUGUGCACUUAGCACGGCCUAAUGUUAAUAUGUGUGUGUGACGUCGCAGCGCUGACGUCGCUGGCAUUUAUCGCAAUAAUUGGCUCAAAUGAUAUGUCACCGGUGUGUGUGGGCUCGAGUGUGUCCGCCAGGAGCGAGGAGCGCGACUCACAACUCGCAAUCGUGGGAUAUUAAAUAAAUCGAUAGGUUGCAGCGUGUGCGCCACGGAAGCGGCCCGUCCCGCCGCCGUGCCGCACACCGCGCGAUCGUCUUAAUUCUAAAUUAACUAUAAGACUAAAAUAUUUUCCAAAUAAAAUAAUUAAUAAAUAAUAAUAACGAUUUAUAAUUGUACAAUUUGCAACAAUAAUGUCAUUUUUAAUUUGUAAGCAAUAAGUAGAUGGAAAUGUAAUUUUUAAUUGGUAUAGCAUUCGACAUUUUUGUAUUGUAAUAAGUCACAGUAGGUUUUUUGUAAGUUAUAUUUUUAUGAGAUAAUUGUUAUGGUUGCGUUAGCGGGCGCCACCGAUGAGAUCGGGGCGGCCGAGCUAGCCCGGUCGGCUUGUUUCGCUAGGCUCUAGCGGCUGUAGCGCGCUAUUGGCGAUAGCAAUAGAGACUGUGUCUCACAAUCAAAUACUAUUACUUAAUUAGACUAAAGCAACGUUUAUUGGUUGUUCCGAUAUUUCGGUAUUAUUAUAGUUUUACGGUCGAAAGCCCGAAGAUUUUCGAAUUCGUAGUGCGCGCAAAAUUAGCACAAGUAUGUUCUAAACGACGCACAAUAUAGGUUUCCGUUUACAUACGCAUACGAAAUAUAAGCGUACUGAGUUCUCAUUGUUUCUUGUAAUUUAACUAAUUUUAUUUAGGUUACAUUUGGUAAAUGUAAUAUUGCCACAAUGCCGUGUCACAUUAGACUGAGAAUUACAUUAAUGGGACGUAACUUUAAUUUAUGAUUGAAAUAAUAAAAACAAUAAAUGAUAAACAAAUCAAUAAUUAUUCGUAAAUGUAACAUUACCGUCGAGUUAAUAAUGUAAAUGUAACAUUUGUUACCGAUCAGUGCGCAUCACUACUUUAGUUACAUUCUGAAGGCUGUGAUCUCUGUGAAUGUGCACACAAUAACAAUAACGACCGUAUCAUUAGGUAAGUUUACUCCCAACGAGCCGUGUUACCAUGGAAUAUGUUCCCUUUAUCUUCGGGCAAGCGAUAGCGAGUAAUUUGUAAAUAAUUAUAUGUAAGUACAAACUGGUACAAGCUUCAGUCGAGCCAAUGCGACGGGUACGGAACCAUGCCAUGUUACAUUUUCAAAUAAUAUAUUGCGUUGAGUUUUGAAUAAUAUGCAACGUUGUCACUUUAAUACAUACAUUGUUAAAUGUUAAUCAAUUGUGUUAUCGACCCAAGUUGUAAGAUAUUGAUAUGUAUAGUCAAAUUAUAUAAUAGCUGAACGUUACGUUUGAGAUGUUCAAGCUUUUGAUUGUUUGUUCAUGUUGCGAGUGAAGAGAAAUAUGUCGAAGUGCUGAGCAUUGGAUCGAUUGAACUUCAGAGCCCAUUACGAUUACAACCAAUCUAUAUGUUAUUAUACAAUCGAGGCAGUAACAGGCAUUGUCGCAACGUCGCGUUGAAAUCCCCGUCGCGGGUUCACCUCUACUUUGUUCCUAGGAAUUGACAAUUGAUUAGGGGAGACAGACAAACAUUCAUAACGCUUUGUAAGAUAUAUGGUCUCGCGGCGUGGGCUUCGCGCUCUGGUGCGACAUAGCCUAAGCGAUAGUAAUUAGCCUUGGUUUAAACUUAUUUCAUAAAAGUUACAAGAACCUGGCCCAGUAAAGGCCAAUCUGACAAAAAGAUGAGAUAAAGACUGCAAUAUGGCUGUAAUUUUCCUGCAAAUUGAAAAGUUUCGAUGUACCUAUUAGAUUUUAAAAUCUCCCAAAGUUACCCCAACGUCCGAAGGUUCAUACAUAAUAAUUAUUGAAGCUGUAAUUUGUGAAAUAAGUUGCGGUUGCCACGGCUGUCUACUGGCAGCUUUGGCGAUUUAGUUUAAGUACUUAUAUGGAAAAAAAUAAUCAGCGACAUGCGUCGGUUGGUGUGUAAAGAUAUAUGUCAGAUUUUAGAAUUGUUUUUUUGAUGUUGGUUAUAUAAAUUAUAUCAUCUUUACAAGUUAGGGGUAAGUUACAGUGUUCGAUUGCCUUGGAACUGUGUAUGGUCUAGUCAUGUUGCUAAUUAUUUUUUCGGCAAAGGUUUAUAAUUUUCCUGCAGAUAUUUAAGCACUGUACAAUUUGUACAUAGUUUUUAGAUACGUGCCGUAUUAAGGCAAUGCUCAUUUGUAGAACGAUCUGUAAAUAUACGAGUAUAUAUAUCUAUCGUCCAAUCAAAUAAAAAAAAACUAGAUACAUAUUAAUCCUUAGUAAUAAAUGGGAAAGCGAGUUUGUUAGUUACGCUUUUAUCUAUUUGCUUGAUAAACUAUUCACGGUGAACGAAGUCACGGGUAAAGUAAAGCUAGUUUAUAAUAAUUAUUCAAUGAACAAAUUUUAAUAUGAAGUAACCGAAGAAUAUAAUCUUAUUAAGCAAUAAUACAGAGUUAAUAGACGUUAUUUAAUAAAUAUUCAACGUGGAUGUUAUAUCGGUCAAGUGUCGGACUCAACUGCUAUAAAAAAUAAGAAAUGUUGGUAAUACGUUAUACAUAGUAUGUGAUUAUCCAGCUACAAUAAAAAUGCUAGGAACAGCUAGUCCUGUGUAGGUAGAACACGAACAUGCUUAGGUAGCUCUGCAGUAAAAUUACGAACUGGUCAAAGUGAAUUGGUUGUCGAGUAUUGGGCUCUCCACCACAGAUUUGUGUUUGUAACUAGGUGAUAUUGUCACGUGGCGACGAUCGACGUACGGACGUACAGAUCUACGAAAGCUAGUAUAUACCCUGUUACUUUCUAAAAAAGCACUCUCCGCAAUUUAUGCCACUAUUAAAUAUCUGAUGCGUUUGAGUUUCAUGCGGAGAAUACUCCGUACUUGUACAAAAUAAACUUGUAAAAUUUUAUUGGAACUACUUGUUAUAAAAACGUAAAAAUAUACAAAAAAAA